AUGAGUGAGAAUCUGCAUUUUGCUGUGCGUGGUUCUGAUGGGUUCGGUAUUUUUCGAGGUAUAACGCACAUUUCAAAAAUCUACGAUAAAUUCGUAGAUUCGAAAUCGCACUCUUGUCGAGUAUUUCAGUUCAGUAAUACCGGACAAUACUUUUGCUAUUGCGAUGGUGUAAAAACAGUGCUAAUUGAAGUUUCUACCGGAAGAAUAAUAUUUGAUGUUGAUUUGCCACGUACUCAGCAGAUUCUUUUCUCUCCGAAAGAUCGUGUUUUGGCGACAUAUGAGCCAUAUGUUACGUAUAUUGCGAAAACAGUUGAAAAUCAGGGACAACCAGCUCCAAAUCUCAGGCUGUGGUCUCUUCCAGAUGGUGAGCAUAUUACAACAUUAAUUGCCCAAAAACAGAACUCAUGGCAUAUUCAGUGGACUGAUGAUGAAAUUUAUUUGGUCCGCUUAGUUGGUUCCGAAAUUUUCAUUCAUAAAUAUAAUUGUUUUGACAAAUAUGAAUCAAAAUUAUUAGUACCUAAAACUGAAAGUUGCUCUCUAAGCCAUGGGAUGGAACCUCAUCAUAUUGCGGUAUAUGUUCCAACACAAGGUGGAAACCCUGCAUCUGUUCAACUUAGAAGGUUGGACCAUAAAUUCACAAUAGUUUCUACCAAAACUCUUUUUCAGUGUGACAAAGUUUCUUUGUUAUGGAGUUGCAAAGGAAGUGCUGUAAUAGUAAUGGCUAUGUUGGAUGUUGAUAAAUCAAACAUGAGUUACUAUGGUAAGCAAAACUUAUAUUUGAUGGCAGUAAAUGGUGAUAGUUGCGCUGUUCCCCUUAAUAAACUUGGUCCUGUCCAUUGUGCCAAGUGGAGCCCGACGGGAAAACAGUUUGCUGUCUGCUAUGGAUUUAUGCCAGCAAGGAUUGAGGUACCGAAUACAACAUUGUUAGAGUGGGCGCCAGAUGGUCAGCAUGUAAUGACGGCGACAACUGCACCACGACUUCGUAUUGAUAAUUGCUUCAGGAUUUGGCAUUACAAUGGCAAUUUAGUAUAUGAAAAACGAUACGAUCAUCCUUUGGAAUUGUGGCAGGUUCAGUGGCGACCUGUCCCGAAUAAUAUUUACCAUUCUUUUUCAAUCGUUGCAUCUAAAACUAAUGUCGAAACAGAUACUAACUCGGCAUUAGAAGACAGAAGCUCAAGUCUUAAACAUCCAGUUACGAAGCUUGUAACAGUAGGAACGGUCGGAAAAAAUUCUGCUUACGUCCCCCCACAUCUGCGCAAAGGAUCAACGAAAGGUGCAUUGAAAGUCGCAACAACUGUUCCAAAUUCAGGAGAUCCAGCUGCUGAAAAAAAGAAAAUGAUGCGUAGAUUACGGAGGAAGCUUGUUCAUAUUAACGAGCUGAAAAAACGAAAAGAAAGUGGUGAGAUACUAGAGGCAAAUCAGUUGACGAAAAUUGAGAAGGAAGAUGAGAUCGUGGGAGAAUUAGAAAAAUUGAAAAUAAGAGAUUUGAGGUUACAUGUUCGUCAAAGUAGAAGAGUGAGCAAUGGACGCGAAGAACAACCAAGUACUUCAAAUGAGUUCUUUGCUAUGAAAAAUUCUCUUGAAAAACUAACUACGGAAGUGCAAACGUUAUCAAUGGAAAUUGUUGAAUUCGAAAGAAGGGCUCAAGAUCGUUAUCGCAACUUGGUGGAAGAAAAUGUUAAUCUGCAAAAAGAAGUCGACAAAAUGAAUAGUAAAAUAGCUGAAGUAUGUAAAAAAAUUGGAGAACUGUAUGCAGAAGAGACUGUAGAAGAGCAGCAGCCUGUGGAAAAUGGAAAAAAAAUGAUGAAAAGGUUGAGCGCAGAAUCACGAACAAUAACAAACAUUUCAUCUGUCAAUAUAGAUGAUGAAGGAAAGUCAGCUGAAUCAAAUGGAAUGGGAGAUACUGCUUUUAAUGAUGGUAUUAACAGAUCUCGUAAAAGGCGCGCGGCAGCUAACAAACGUGAGGGUGAUUAUGCAAAUAUGUUGAAACAAGAUAUCUCUAUUAAUGUUUCUGGUAAUACAUCAAAAUUACGAGACAAGAAAGUCAGAUUAAUGAAGAAGGAAACUGUGGAGUCAGAUAACUCAGCUUAUUAUAUGAAAGAAGGAUGUGAAGUUUCACCAUGGAAAUUCUACAAACAUAUUAAAAUUAUACCUCGACGAACUGAUUUACCUAAACCGGUAGUUGCACGUAAGGGUGUAGGUCGCAGUGUUCAUUUCACUGAAGAGUGGAAACAGUAUGCGAGAGCAGUAUUUCCUGUUGAUCCGAGUCGGUACUGGAAUCUACCACAGUCUGAAUACGAUCGUCUUAUACCUGAUUCUGAUUUAAAAAUAUUUGCAAGUCAUGGAAAUAAAAUCGAAAAAGAUCAUUUGAUUCGGUCAAUGUACGAUUGGUUUCGUAGUCAGCAUCGUAUUGCACAGUUGAGAGUGGUUUUAAGUGAAUGUGAUUCAGCAUUAGAUGUAACUGAAUUAUGGGGGAUUUAUGUUAAGGAAAUGAAAAAGCGGAAUUGGCCCAUUUAUGGGAAAAGUCUGAGGAAAGGUGAAGUUUCACUGGCUAAACAGCAAAUUCUUGAGGAUUUUAUCGACACAACUUUGGAUAUUAUGUAG